GCCCGAGGAACAAACAAGCAAGCCGCUCACUCACCGCCGCCACCGCACGCCUAACGAUCACCACCAUCCAGCUCUUCCCGUCGAAUCUCUCCUCCUGCUGCCGCAGCUGCUUCCGCUGUCCUCAGCGCGUAGCGUGAGAGGCAAGGGGAGGAGACAAUGUAGCAAGCCUCUAGUUUCCUUUCCACACCACGUACGGAGAGAGGGAGAGAGAGCCGGUAGCGUGCAGCCUAGAAGGUGGCAGAAGCCGUCGCCGUCGCUCGACUUCCUAUCUGGGUUGACUGAGCCAGCAAAGUCCACCCACCGACUUGUCUCGACCGUCGUUCUUCAUUAAGAAAGGUUGUCCAGACCAUGGAAAAUCCCUCAGAUACAUUUGGAAAGGACGACUGUGGUGAUGCCAAGUCACAAGAAGACAGAGUACUGAGUGAAGUAGAAUGGCUGGAGAAAUGGCAGACUCGCAAUAUUGGAUUUCAUAAUGAACAAGUACAUCCUCUCCUAAGAAAGUAUCUGGAUAAUUUUCUCAAUGGCCGGAGCAGGCUGAAGAUACUUUUCCCACUUUGUGGCAAAGCCAUUGAAAUGAAAUGGUUAGCCGACAUGGGGCACCAAGUUGUCGGUGUGGAAAUCAGUGAAAGUGCACUGAAGGAGUUUUUUGCAGAACAAAAGCUUUCCUUUUCAGAAGAAACAGUGCCAGAGAUCCCUGCUAAAUUAUUGAAGAGCACAACUGGAAAUAUUUCUUUGUACUGCUGCAAUAUCUAUGAUUUGACCAGCACGAUUACUGGCAAAUUCGAUGGGAUUUGGGACAGGGGAUCUCUAGUAGCUGUUAACCCCUGUGACAGAGAACGCUAUGCCCAUUCGAUGCUAUCGCUAAUGAACAGCGGGUGCCAUUGUCUUCUAGUGACCUGUUUAUAUGACCCAAGCAAACAUAAAGGUCCACCUUUCUAUGUUCCUGAAUCUGAAAUUGAAAGUUUAUUUGGCAAAUUCUGUGAAAUUACAUUUCUUGAAAAAGUCGAUGCCUUGUUGGAGCGACAUAAGAAGUGGGGUUUAGAUUACCUUUGUGAGAUGUUAUACUUGAUUGUGUUAAAAUAGCCAAGAUGAUACCAAGACUCUUAGACUGCAAUUCUGUACUCACAUAAGCCCACUGAAUGGGACUUUCUUCUAAGCAGACAUGUAUAGGAUUGUGCUGUUAAAUCCUGGAGAUAGCAACUUUUGUACGUUCAAAAUGAAUCAUUCUCUAGAUAUUUGAUUUGACUUAUAAAAUCUGUAUUUUAAAUUCAGUUUAUGUGAGUUUCUAUAUAAAAAUUACUUUAAAUUGUC